GCUGCUAGUCUCGAACUGUCUGCAGCCAAACGUAUUCGCUCAAGAUGCUGGGGAAAGUGAAAGGAAGCAUUAUUGUCAUUUACAUGACCACUGGACUGCUGUACAUACUGCUCAGCAUAAAAACAUCCGCCAGCUACAUGAGGCCAAAACGCCAGAUGUGGCCCGUGGAUCAUCCAGCGAUCGUCCUCUAUAGACAGCACCCGAACGCCAUGCGAAAGUUCUACUGGUACAACACCAGGACCCCGAUCCUGGUGGGCAAAAUGCGCCUAAAAAACUACAUGCGCAACAUGCACAUGCUGCCCCGAUACGUGCCCUCACCUGUCCAGUUCCACGAGGCCUAUGCGAACUCGAAGAGGAGCAUCUUCAGGGACUUGAGCAAAGUCAAUGGGUUCAAGAGCACAUCCAUACCCACUGCUACUUCCACCGUGGAGUUCGUUGCGGCCCCGCUCAACACGAUUGAGUACAGUUCCCCUCCGGUAAACGCACCUAUUGGUUUCAGUGCAGCCCCUGUCAACGCCUUUGUGCCCCUCACGACGGGAACCCUUCCGGGCGCAGAACGCCUCAUUGGCGCUCCGAGUCAGUGGAACCACUCCGAAACCCACGUGUCCAACGACGGCUGGAAGAAGUGCCGCGAAAACUGCCUCCAGAUUCCGUUCCAGGAGUAUGCCAAGGACCAAUUCAGCUCGCAGAGCAUGACCAGUGACCUGCCGGUGACCACGACAACAACUUUGCCCUACUUCAACUACGUUGCGCACACCUACUUCACCCUUGACGACGUGAUUCUGCCCCACUCCGCAUCGAAACUCGCCAAAUCUCCAGCACAAGACCAGCAAUUUCGCCCAAGUCAUCAAGUACUCACAACGGAAAGGCCCCACGAGCUUUUCACCGAACGGAUUCAGCACAACACACCGCCUCCAACUACCACAACCACGACGACUGAAUUCAUUUUUCCAGGGAAAACCACUGCUUUGGACAUGGAGUACAGAUAUAGCACCCGACCAAGCUGGUUUAGCCCCACUACCUCCAGCACUACAACAACCGAAGCUGCGGCUUCUGAGGAUUCCCCGAUAUGGACAACUCCGCAACCCGUUCAGAACGUCUAUUCCACGGCGAGUGUUACGACAGGAUCCUAUAAGCAUAGACUUAAGUCCUUGAAAGCGACCAAAAACUUCUCUUCAAGCAUUGAAACUAAACUGAAACUUUUGAAGCUUCAUCUUAAAAACCUUGUUACAACUAGGGAAACGCCGAAGAACGUUCAGAAUCUAACGACUCCAGCUGUUCUUGACAACAACACCACUUUGGAAACGACUACAACAACAACUACGCCCACACCGCCAAGAAGAAGAACAAACGUCAAUAGAAAACUGAGAAAGCUGCGAGUUUUGGCAUCGACCAUAAAGGUUCCGGUGCAGAUUUCGAGAAAUUCUACAGAUUCCAGCAAAGCCAUGGGAGAAUUCAAAAAGAGUUUACCGAAAAGAAUUUACCAACGGCGCAAGCACUUGAACUCCACUGCAAUGCCAGAAGCCGCGAAAAACACAACAGCUGAUACCGAUAUCGAAUCGAUUAAAAAACUUAAGCGCCGAACAACAGCAAAACCCCGGAAAUCGACUAAGGUCGAUGACAAUGUUAUCGUUCGAAACUCAACGCAGGCGAUAAGUCAUACUUUGGCAAAAUCUCGCGCCGAUGGUUUAUCAGAAGAAAAACACGCUUUGGUCACAGAAUCGGCAAUUAUGACUAUUUCUAGUGGUACUUUAAAAAUGAGGCAGCCCCAUAUUAAGGCAAGGUCAAAGCCGCAAAGGUCCAGAAAAAUCUCGCACCUGGAAAACGAUAAUUUCAUACCGUCGUUGCCCAUUGAAGUGUAUUUUAAAAAAGUAAAUCAGCAGUAAAUUGAUAUAGUCUUCAAGUCA